GGAUGCCUCUGAGCUUAGUGCCGUUCAACGAGAACCACUGCAAAGACAGGGUUAAGAGCACAAAACAGCUGCAGACCAUAUAUGGAGAAACCCAUUUCUUCAAACGGGGAGGAGUUCCCAUUCUGCUUUUUGUUUUCUCAAAGCUGAGGUCAGCUGUGAUUGGUAAAACGGAGAGACGCGCCCACUCCCAGACCUGCGGUGGCUCUGGAUUCCAGCAUCCAGGGCUCCGGGCCAGGCAGACUGAGCAUGCGAGUCACACUUGCUGUGACAGCCUGGAUGGUUUCUUUAGUCUCCAGUUAUUCAUCUCCAGCAGAUACUUUGCCAGAUAUCAAGAAUGAAGAUUUCAUCAAAGAGUGUGUUCGAAUGCACAACAAGUUCCGAUCAGAGGUGCAGCCAACGGCCAGUGACAUGCUAUACAUGACUUGGGACCCAGGACUAGCCCAAAUUGCAAAAUCGUGGGCAAGAAAUUGUCAAUUUUCACAUAAUACACGGCUGAAGCCACCCCACAAGCUGCACCCAAAUUUCACUUCACUGGGAGAAAACAUCUGGACUGGGUCUCUGUCUCUGUUUUCUGUGUCUUCAGCUGUCACAGCCUGGUACAACGAAAGUAAGUUCUAUGACUUCAAGACUCGGAAAUGCAGCAAGGUCUGCGGCCAUUACACUCAGCAAAGGAACUCCUUCAGCUUUCCCUCUAAGCUGACCCGUGAGCCUGAUGAAAUCUCUGGAACGCCCCCACCAUCGUCCACGUUGUUUGGGCAGAUAGUUACAAAGUUGGCUGUGCAGUACAAUUUUGUCUUAAAGUUUCUGGCUUUGAAGGUCUUUCCAAUGGAGCACAUUUUAUAUGCAACUACGGACCAGCAGGAAAUUACUUUACUUGGCCAUAUAAGGAAGGAUCCACUUGCAGUGCCUGCCCCAAUAAUGACGUCUGUUUGGAUAAUCUCUGUGCUAACCCACAGCGAGACAAAGUCACACAUUACUACUCUACCGUGUAUCCAGACUGGCCGCUAUAUUCACGUAACAGAUACCUCUCUCUCUUUCUCAUCGUUAGUCCGCCAAUUCUAUUACUCAGUGUUAUAAUUACCAUUUGGGUCAAGCACAGAUACCCUCAUAUUUAGUUGUUGAACUCAUACAAUCCAGAAAAAAAAAAUAAACAUUCAUAUGGCUCUUUAAAAGAUAA